AUGUCUCCUUCAAAGCGUACCUUAUCCUCAGCUACACGCCGCGCAGACGCGCAUUCGAAGGCCAAAGGCGCCGCCAAGAAAGCGGAAAAGGGAGCAGUGGCACACCUCCCGCCAGAAAGUCCUGGCAAUACCAAAAUAGGAAUCCCCGCCAGCCGCUUCAUAGAUUGGGGCGAGGGCCUGAGACUCGAUACACUUGCUGACUUGAUAAUGGAUGAGACAAUCCCUUUGAGCUGCUGGCUAAUCGCUGAGCUGCCUGAGGAGAGGGGGAGGAAGGAAGAGAAGAAGGAUAAGAAGAGAAAGGAGAAAAAGAAGAAGGGGCUAGGAAGUGAUCCUUCGCUAGUGUCCUCCACAAGCAAAAGAUCAGUACCAAGCGCCUCUCCCGCGCCCCAGAAGACCAACACGGUGCCUUUCCCUGUGAGCACCCGUGCUGAAAGAGAAGCAGAUUCAGCGGGUCUAUAUAGUACCACAUCGCUGCCGAUUCCUCCGAACCCGAACGCAGACGACCCGAGGAUGGCGGCGGCCCUGCAGCGGCACUACGACGACGACUCGUCGGACGACGAAGACGACGAUACCAAACCCCCUCUCCGGGUGCCCUGGCUCACCGGAGACGAUGUGCUCCGGCGGAUGCGCAGGGGCGACCCCGAGGACACAUGGGAGCGCCCGCCAGGGCCGGACGACCUCCUCGAGCCAGGCGAGGAGCGCCCGGCGCUGACGAUUACGGCCGAGGAGACGAUGCGGUUGGGGGACUAUUGGGACAGGAAACAUCCGCCGCCCAAGCCGAUGCCUCACUUCGCGACGGUCACCGAUUUCUUGGUGUGGAGACGGGAGGAAAACAGAAAAGAAGCGGCGGCUGCCGCUUUAGCUGCUGAGGAGCAGCAGACUAGUGAGGGGACCUCUGGGGAACCAUCGAGGCCGGUAACAGAGCACAGAGAUCCCUCCACAGUCCACGUCCGCUCGCAGCUGACGACCGAUGAGGCACUGCGGUACCUCGACGAGCUGAGGCCGGAUAAGCCUUUACCGCCACCGACAAAUCCGGUCGCGUCGGGGAAGCUCCACGCCCAGAUGCGGGAUACGGUCGAACGGGUCAAGGCGACCGUGGCCGCGCGGGAAGGGGAGGAGCCUCCGUGCGCGAUAGAGAUCAGAGGACGGAGCCGCAGGAAAAAGGAUAUUGGUAGCGGGCUUACGUCGGUCGCGCCAACUAACUUAAACCCGAUACCAACACCCAUUCCCGAGGGCAAGGGGAAGGGAAAGGACACGAUCCCUUUCCCGGCCAAGCCUCUCGACAGGGCGACCGUGCGCGCCAUGCCGAACUUCUUUGAGAGCGCUCCGGGUAUUUACGGCGAGUGGAAGCCAGCUCGGCGCUGGUCGAUGUAUGGAUGA